UGGUUAAAUUUGACACUUUAAUAAUUUAUUCAAUAUUCAAUUUAUUGGUAAUACGAAUUUUAAAAUCCUAAAGACAUCGUCUACAAAUAUGUAUCAUCUACAUUUAUUAGAAAAAACUAGGAAUCCACAUGAAGAGUGCCAACUUGUUAUACACGACGAAAAAACCGUAAAACACAAAAUUGAUUCAGGAAUUUUCAUCGAUACAAGACGUUGGAUCCGUACCCAAUUAACCAUCAGUAAUGUGCACCCGAAAACAAUUAUAUACUAUAAAUCAGUAUCGGCAAGACGAAGAGAAGAGAACAGACAUUUGAAUAAUUACUACUAUAUAAUACAUCCGUUCAGUGCUUUUAAUCUGUGGUGGGAAAUAACAAUGUUCUUUGUUUACAUCUACAUGUUAAUAGUGUACUCACUUGAUGAUCUCUUUAUGUUUUCUCCUAAAUAUUUAUUUUAUAUUAACAUUAUGAAGUUUUUCGGUGAUAGUGUGUACCUAAUUGAUAUUGUACAUAUUUUCAUUACAGGAUAUUACGACACUGACCUGAGCAAAAGUAUACUGAAUCCUUGGAAAAUUGGCAAGAAGUAUUUAAAAGGAUAUUUCAUUAUCGAUUUAAUCGCUAUAGUCCCAUCAAUUUGUAUUCCUCUGGGAUGGAUAAAUCUCGUGAAUGAAAUCGAUGAUCCUGUGUUAAGACAUUUGCGCUUUAUCGGUAUAAUUCGCAUCUUUAGAUUAGGUCGAAUAUUUAAUGCUCUGGAUCUUAUUGGGAUGUAUAAAAACUUUUCUAUUUACAUCUACAAAAUCACCAAAGUUUUAUUACUGUAUGCAAUAACUUUGUGCGUGUUGUACUUCUUUUUAUUUGUGAUACGAACCAAUAUCAGAAAAUAUCACAAAAGGCCCAUUGAUAGCAUACCUUCUCGAUAUCUACAAGCCACCAUGAUGCUAAUGUUAAUUGCCCACUCUCGUUCCGUAUUGAUAUCAAAUAUUUUGCUGGUGUCAAAUAUUGCGUUCUUUAUGGUUUGUGGGGUGCUGCUAUAUUUAGUUUUAUUUGCCCAACUGCUACAAGCUUUACGUACAUUUAUUUCAACCAAAACCACUACCAGCACAGUUAUUCAACAGUUUGAAAAAUACAUGAGGUAUAAAGGAUUGUCCAUAGAGUUACGACAAAAAAUAUACACUUUUUUUGAUUUUAAAUUCCAACAGGAAUUUUACCAUGAAAAGAGAAUGCACUAUUUUGUAUCUGAUGCGCUUAUGAACAGAAUUUUAAUGGAUAUUUGCAGACGAAAGUUUAAAAAUACUCAGUUGUUCGUCCAUAUACCGAACUUGGUAUUAUAUAAGCUAGUUGGAAAGCUGAAAAAUUCAAUAUACCUGGAGGAUGAUGUUAUUAUGCAUAUUGAUGUACCGAAUGAUUUUGUCUACUUUAUUUUUUAUGGAACACUGGCUGUUUAUAAUCAGAGGGGUCAGGAAAUUUGUCAUUUGGAAGAUGGGGCAAACUUUGGGGAAUUAAGUUUACUGAAAGAAAAUCGAAUUAGUUCUGUCAAGAUAGUUGCUGUUGCCCCAUCUGAACUAUUUGUGUUGCAUAGAAAAGACUUUUUCAGUGUUUUGAAGGAUUUUCCUGAAGUUAGAAGAAAAGUUAUUGAAAGAAGUAUUGACAGAUAUAAUAAAGUUGAAACGGAUUACUUUUAGUUAUGUUGUAAGAUU